AUGGGUAUCAUUAACUCCAUUUCUUUAAAUGAGCUUGAAAGUGACCUUCAAUAGACAACAGGCGAUAUAAUAGAUCAGACUAACACGGGAAAAUAAAAUAUUAUGGUUAAGAAAGAUGAUAUUGUUUAAGAAAUCGAUUCUAAACUACUCUCACCUACGAAUAGAUACAAAUCCAAUCCACUCUCAUAGCUUAAAACGAUUAACUAGCCAGAAAGAAAUCAACCAUUAGUUGAUCAAAGCUAAUCUAAAAAUUAAUAAAACGGCAAAUUGAUCUACGAUCUAAAGUACGAUAAGAUUCAUGAUCCCUCAAUCUUUAGCACCUAAAAUAAUAACCACACUUUGAGGAGCUAAUAUGAAAUAAAGAGUGAUAUGUUAAAUAAAAGUAGCUAUAGAACUAUCGACCCAAAUACAUCUGUUAGUCUACCACCAUAUGCGUUGUUUAAUCCUAAGAAUGGAGCAAAUGGACAAUAAUCAUCACCAUUUCUGGCUGUAGGAAAUCAUAAGAUAUUGUUGAAUCUUUCAAAAGAACGUUAUACAAAGAGGUAUUAUGACAAAGAUUCAAGACUCCCAUAUAUGGAUAGUAACAUUGAUCUUUCGUUCCCUGAAAUUAAAUCAUAAGUUAAAUUAGAUUAACAAAUAGAUUCUAAGACCUUGCAAGAAGGUUUAAUUUCAACUAGAAAAGCGGGGUAGUUUAUAGCAGAGAAGAAUUAACUCAAAAUUCAAAAUACUCUUAGAAAUAAUGAGGAAUUUUAAAAUAGCUAUAUGAAUUCAAGCUAAGUCCCGCAUGAUAUCAAAAGGUUUACACUAGUCAGCAAGGACAAUAACGUGCGUCCAGAAGAGAUUGCCUUGAUUAAAAACAGUGCCAACAUAAAAUCUUCACGAAAUAGAUCAAUUAAUAUGGCUGCAUUAAUGAGCAAUGAUAAUAUGAAUUACAGAAGUGCAAAGAGAAAAGUCAAUGGAAUCUAUAAUAAUCCAUUUAGUGAUUAAAUUAAUAUGAACUUCAUCAAGAAUAAUGAGUAUGAACCGUUUUAAGAUACAUCCCAGUUGAUGAAUGAUUCCUAGAUGGAUUACAGUGAUAACAGAAAGACCGAUAAGCUUGAAGAAGCUAAGAAAAACUUUUUAAAAAGAAAAAAUGAAUACUACCAAAAGAAAAAUCUUAACAAUACCACAACUAGAGUUGAAAAACAGCAGUCAGAAUAAAAAGACAAAAUUGUAUCAUUAUUGAACUAAGUACAUGGAAAGAUACUUAAUCAUGAGAAAAAGUUCAAAGCCACAGUGAACAUUAGGGGUCAGGAGAAGCAAACUGAUAGCAAGAUAGUCAUUUGA